UCAUCAUGAUUAAUUCGGUCCAUUUAAAGUGUAAAAAUAUCUGGAUUUGUAUUACAUUUGCAGCAAUGUUAUUGCUCUUCGAUGGAUUGCCACAGGUGUAUGCCUUCAAAAUGACGGCAAAAUUAAUAUCAAAUCAUAAUUAUCCCGUUGAAGAGCAUACAGUGCACACCAAUGAUGAUUACAUACUCACCAUGUAUCGCAUACCCGAUUCGCCGAAAUUGCGCGAUCAUAAUGUUACCAUAAAACCGGUGGUUUUUCUCCAACAUGGUAUAUUGUGCGCCUCAGAUGAUUGGAUUAUAAAUGGCCCAGAAACCUCACUGGCCUAUAUGUUCGCCGAUAUGGGUUACGAUGUGUGGCUGGGCAAUGCCCGCGGUAAUACCUAUUCUCGCCAGCAUAAACACAAACGUCCAGAUUCAUCGGACUUUUGGAAUUUUAGUUGGCAUGAAAUUGGUGUUUAUGAUUUGACGGCAAUGUUGGACUAUGUACUUGAUGAGACACGAGUGGGUUCGGUACACUUUGUUGCCCAUUCACAGGGUACCACAACUUUCUUUGUGCUAAUGUCAUCAAUGCCAUGGUAUAAUGAGAAAGUGCGAACGGUCCAUUUACUGGCGCCCAUCGCCUUUAUGCGUAACCAUUCCUUUGUCCUCUCGAAGGUGGGUGGCAUCUUUUUGGGUUAUCCAUCGUUUUUGAGUAUGGUCCUGGCUGGUUUUGAGCUGCUACCCACAACAAGUGUCCAGAAAUUAUUUUGUGAAUAUAUUUGCUCGCCAAAUUCACAUUUUAAAUUUCUAUGCUCGGGCAUUUUGAAUUUUAUUGGUGGCUGGGGUACAAGGCAUUUGAAUCAUACACUAUUGCCUCAUGUAUGUGAAACCCACCCGGCUGGAGCAUCAACAACACAAAUUAUACACUACCUGCAAUUGUACACAUCGGGAGAUUUUAAACAAUUCGAUCAUGGCAUUCAUUUAAAUCUCAAAAAAUACAAUCAGGAAACACCACCACACUACGAGGUUAGCAACAUCAAAAGUUGUGUUAAUCUCUAUUACAGCAACAAUGAUUAUAUGUCCGCUGUGGAAGAUGUCGAAUAUCUGGCAUCGCUGCUGCCGUGUGCUGAACUCUAUCGCAUACCCUAUGAUGAUUGGAAUCAUUAUGAUUUCUUGUGGUCAGUCAAUGUCAAAGAGAUGAUAAAUGAUCGCAUUAUCGAAAAAAUCGAACAUUAUGAAAAGACCCAUGAUCAUCUGCAUAGAAUAUAG